AUGGAAGCUGAGUUCGUGGCUUGUGUGUCUGCAGCACAAGAAGAUGUUUGGUGGAAGAGAUUCUUUGAGCAUUUGGAUAUUACAAAGAACUCUCAAGGUGUGAAGCAUUUUCCGCACCUGCGUGAUCGCAGAUGGGGAGGAAGAUACGCAGAAGCGGAAGCUGGGCUAAUGGAGAAAGCCGCAGAAGCGGCAGUUUUUGCGCAGAUGCGCAUGCGCAGAGGCGCAUUCCAGCCCGCAGAAGCGAAAAUGGGCCAGAUAGAAGAGUCAAAAGGAAACGAGAACAAUGUGAAGUUGAUUAAGGGAUACAGGCAGAAGGUAGAAGAGGAGCUGUCCAAGAAGAUUUGCCAUGAUAUUCUAGAAAUUAUGGACAAUCAUCUCAUUCCUUCUUCAGGUACAGGAGAAGCUACUGUCUUUUGUUACAAAAUGUAA